UGACCUCGCUCGGGUUUGUGAUCUCGCUCCUGAGCUGUGAUCUUGGCCCCGGUUUGUGGGCGAGGCCCCCCCCCCCCCCCCGGUUUGUAGCAUCGCCCUUCAUUUUGUGAUCUCGCUCCUGGUCUGUGAGUUCGGCCCCGGUUUGUGACCUCGCGACCCCGGUUUGUGGCAUCGCUUCUGGUCUGUGAUUUCGGUCCCGGUUUGUGCCCCCCUCCCCCGUUUGUGGCUUCACCCCCGGUUUAUGGCCUUGCUCCUGGUCUGUGAUCUCUGCCUCAGUCGGUGACCUCGCCCCCGAGCCAGGCGCGAUGUGGUCCGUGCUGUGGGCUGCCGUGCGCAGCAAGGCGCCGUACGUCACCUUCCCGGUGGCCUUCGUGGUGGGGCUGGUGGGCUACCACCUAGAGUGGCUCCUCCGUGGCCACCCUGUGCCCGCCGCCGAGGAGGAGAAGAGCAUCUCGGAGCAGCGGGAGGACCGCAAGCUGCAGGAGAUCGCAGGCAAGGACCUGACCAAGGUGGUGAGCCUCAAAGACAAGCUGGAGUUUGCCCCUCGGGCUGUGCUGAACAGGAACCGCGCAGAAAAGAGUUAAUGAAGUGGUUUGGGUGAAUGCCGUGCCCCGGAGGGACUGUCCCCGAGGCUGGGGCUGGCUGCCAGAGGGCUGUGUCCCCCAGCACCACGCUGGGGACUCUGCUGUCACCUGCACAUCGUCCACCAACCUUCCUUCUGCUGCUCUUCACCCUUGGGACACAACACCCAGGCCUUGUCUGUGGCAGAGUGGGCAGUCAGCCGUGCUUUGGAGGUGGAACAUAUCUGUAACUCAUCAGCUCCCGGCUUGUCCUUGGCCUCUGAACCACAAAACCCGCUCGACCUCGUUCCACCCACAUCUCUUUAGUUUGGUUUCCAUGGCGUGAAGAUACAAGGAACUCAGACCUGAGGAACACAGUGUGGGAGUCAGGCAAACCCCCUGGGGCAAGAGGAGCAGCUGUCCUGCUUGCAGCUCUCCCUUAGCUCUGUGAACCACGAUCACAGUACCAUGCUACCACCUUACACCCACCGGAGCCUGUGUGGUGUGGAGAUCUCUGGUGAACCCUGUUCUGCAUCGUCUCUGACCCUUGCAGCGAGGAAGGAACGUGGAGGGGAGGUGGAAGUCCUGGCCUUUCUUCUGUCAUCGAGCUCUGAGCAUGGCAGUGGCUUUGGCCCAGCAUGUAGAUAAUGGGGAGAUCUCUGCCCUAUACAGGGACAGCCAGAAUAAACCUCUGUCAGUCCUUGGGCCUCUGU